AUGCUAACCUUAGUAAAGGGAGCAAAGAAUCAAUUAGUAAUUAAACCAACACAAGGUAGUUGGGGAAUCAGAAAUAUAGGUAGAACAAUACAUAGUAUGAUAGGAGAAAAAGCCUUUAUACAGUGUGCAAAGAUGCUAAAAUUCUUAGAUCUAAUAUUUAUCGAACAGCUUUUAGAUAUGCAGGGAAAGCAGAUGAUCACGUCAAUCGAAAAUCAGAUGAUCAUUAACUUUAAUACAAGAGAAAUAAAGCAAGAUCUGCAAACAAGUAGCACAAACAAAUUAGCAUUAAUACCCCAAAAAGUGAAAGUCUCAGAAGACAAACGUAAACUUGAUUGGAUACUAGUUAACAACAAAGAAAACAAGCCAGACAUUCGAAGAGUAGUUAGCAAGAGCAAAGAAGGAUUUCGCACAGAGAACUCAUUUGAAGGAAUUAGGAAAAAUAAUAUUGAUACAGAGAUAACUAGUAGGAGGGAAAUAGGUAAAGACUUGUAUAGUUUAAAACAUGCAAGCCUGGCAGAUAUAGUUUAUAUAGAUAAAUUAGAGAGAGACUAUAUUAAAAAACAAGGGUUUGGUGAAUAUUGUGAAGAGUUAUUAUUAAAUCAACUAGAUAGAAAUAUAGAAACAGAUAAAAAAACAUUAACAUUCUAUAUAGAUGGCUCAUUAUUAAAAGAAACGAGAAAUAGAAGAGCAAAUCAAAAUCCCAACAAGAAAUUUCAUCAAAGAACUCAAAGAUACAAAAAUUGCAGCAGAAUAGAGAAUGUUAAGUACUGUAAGUCUGCUCAAGCCAAGAGACAAUACACAGAAGUGGGAUUGGAAAAGUCUAUGGAGAAGAAUCAAAUCUCAAAGCAGAGUGUACUGGACAUCAAUACAAAAAGGAAAAAAGCUCAACUUCCUGAUCAAGAGAGUAGCUGCAAAUUGUGUAAAGAUAAUAUAGAAGAAACACAAGAUCAUUUAGCAUACUACAGAGCACAGCAGACCCAUUGGCAAAAAAUUGAACAAGCAGCAAUUGAAGCAGUACAAGCCCUCAUAAAUAAACCUGAGAAAAGGGAAAAUUACAAACAAGCGAACUCCAGCGAUGCUUAUUUGGUAAAAUUUACAAGAAGCAAAAAGACAAAAAAAGAAACAAACUUAGCCUUAGAUACAACAAUACAUGUUUUGUGGAAUAGCUUUCAUAAAAUUAUAUGGCGAUCAAGAUGCAAAAAGAUAAUAAAGUGGGAAAAAGAGAAAGACAUCUCUAAGCAGCAAAAAUUAGGAAAAAGAGCCAAAUUGCAGGAUAAAAAGAAGGUUAGCAGAAAAAGAAGAAGAGAAAAGACAGAAGCACAAAAAAGUUCUGAUCAGAAGAGUAGAAAACUGCCUAAUCCUAAAGAAACUAUG